AGACAAAAGUUACGCCGUCACAAGAACAGAUUUCGUCAUCGAUCAUCAAGAGGCGUAAUCAAUUUUAAAAAAUAAUAACAAAAACGCACGUGAUGAGUGUUCCAUUAUGUCGUCGGCACUUGCCACGCUCAGUCGGAUCUAACCUACAAACUGAUCUUGUGACAGAUGCCUCCCGUCCGGCGCAAGUGACGUUGCAGACCGGCCAUACUUAGAGGUACGACCAUAUAACGUAAAAAUGUCAAGUUUCCCCAACGGACAUAAAAGCAAUAAGUCCCUGAUGAGCCGAAUCAAGCUGCAUCGCAUAAUACAUCCUCAAGAGAGGCCGUAAUCAUGUUUGAUCUGCCCACGGCCGUAAUCCAGCGAUGAAUUAGGCCGAUCGUCCAGUGCUCCAAAAAGAACGCAUCGAGACAACAGGCAUCAUCACACAGAGCAUAUCCAGUACUUAUAGCCGUGACGUAGUCCGCGAGCAGCGAGAGGAGAAAAGAAACACAUAUACCUAUAUAUAUACAGUGCACCGAAUACCUGCGACGCAUGCGCGCGGCUCAGUCGCGGCUGCUCCGCUGUCAUGUCAACAAUCGACUGCGUCUCCUGGUGCGAGUCCCGAGGCCUUUAAAACCACCGCCACAAGCGCAUCGUUCCGAAAGUAGCUCAAUCCUACGUCGCUAGUAAUUGUGUUCACCGGAAAAAAGACCACAGCGUCCUAUACACCGAUCUAACCUAAGUUUUAUACACAUCAGAAUACGAUGAGCAGUAGCAGCAGAUGAGAAGCUGCGCUGCUUCUGGAGGAGGCGGAGGGAGGACUCGCUGGUUGAUGUCGAGCUCCGGGAAAGGAGGAAACCGAAGCAGCAGCAAUUUUAGCGACGAGGCGACCUGCUGACCAAGACGACAAGGUGUGCCUGGAGACGAAAACUCGGCAAAACGGAGGAGCGAGGAGGAGGCGAAGAGAAGAGGCAUUAUUGUAGCAGCAGGAGACAGCCAGCAGCAGCAAACAUGGCGGCGAAUCUCGAGGAGCAGCAGUGCUUGCGCGAGUGCACCGAGUACAUGCAGCGUUCGAAGAUCGUGCCGGUCAUGAAGGACUGCUUCGUCCAGCUAUGCGUCGACCAGCCUGAGAAUCCGGUCUCCUUUCUCAGGGAGUACUUCCAGAAACUCGAGAGGCAAGCGCACGACGCGAAGCAGCAGAUAGCAGCGAGUCCCGAGGACACGGAGGACAUGCCAGCGGGUCAGCAGGGGCCACAGGUGCCCCGACGUCGCGGUGGCAUCUCAGCCGAGCCCGUGACCGAGGAGGACGCGACGAGCUACGUUAAGAAGGUCGUGCCCAAGGACUACAAGACCAUGGCUGCCCUCAGCAAGGCCAUCGCCAAGAACGUCCUCUUCGCCCACCUCGACGAGAACGAGCGCUCCGACAUCUUCGACGCCAUGUUCCCCGUGACGUUUCUUCCCGGCGAGGCCAUUAUUCGCCAAGGUGACGAGGGCGACAACUUCUACGUGAUCGACCAGGGCGAGGUGGAGAUCUUCGUGAACGGCGAACACGUGACGACGAUCGGCGAGGGUGGAAGCUUUGGCGAACUGGCGCUGAUUUACGGAACACCGAGAGCGGCGACGGUCAGGGCCAAGACGGAUGUGAAGCUCUGGGGUAUCGACCGGGACUCCUACAGGCGUAUACUUAUGGGCUCGACCAUCAGGAAGCGGAAGAUGUACGAGGAGUUCCUGUCGAGGGUCUCCAUUCUCGAAUCUCUAGAGAAGUGGGAAAGAUUGACGGUGGCAGACGCGUUGGAGCCAGUGGCGUUCGAAGACGGCGAGACGAUAGUGCGCCAGGGCGAACCCGGCGAGGAUUUUUACAUAAUCGUCGAAGGCACCGCGGUUGUACUGCAGCAGCGCACAGAGUCCGAGGAACCCGCGGAAGUCGGUCGGCUUGGACCCUCGGAUUACUUCGGAGAGAUAGCCCUACUGCUGGACAGGCCAAGGGCAGCGACGGUCGUGACGCGCGGACCUCUCAAGUGCAUCAAGUUGGACAGGGCACGUUUCGAGCGUGUCCUCGGGCCUUGCGCCGACAUCCUCAAGCGCAACAUCACUCAGUACAACAGCUUCGUCUCGCUAUCAGUCUAAGCUAAACCAAACACACAUACACGUACACUCAUAUACAAGCCGUAAAUCGCCGUCGUGGACACGGAUUAACGAAGAGACAACAAGAACAACAAACUAAAAGAAACAAUAAAUAAGAAAAGACAGACAAUUAUUACACGUAAAGAAAAGAAAGAAAAAA